AUGACGAUUCAGGAUUAUUAUUCUGACGAGGGAGAGUACUACUCUGAAUACGAGUACGAGGAGGCAGAUGGAGAUGAUUACGCAGAGGAAAAACUUGGGUCUGACAAUGAUGAGCAAGAGGCUUCAAAUGAAUAUGAGAAAAAUGGCAUUCAAGUUUCGAAAGAAUACGUCUAUCGCCUGGCGAUCGAAGCGUACAACUGGCAGCGUAGCGGUGAAGAUGCUCCUUCAGCUGGUCACGUGGCCUCCUUCAAACCAAAAACCUUCGAUAAAGUUGACUCUCCUGAUCCGGAAAAGGCGAAACGCCUGCAAGAACACGUCGAUCGACAGAUAGCCAAACAGAUUGAAACUAAAUCGCUAAAGGUCGACCUGGAGCAACCAGCUUCGUCUCUCCUGCCCGACUUGUUGGAUCCAAAUUGUGAAGGAGUAAAAUGCAAACUGGCUGACAUCGGCAACGCCUGCUGGACUUACAAGCACUUUGCUUCAGAUAUCCAGACGCGUCAGUACAUGAGUCCGGAAGUGUUCCUCAGAACAGGAUACGACACGUCAGCGGAUAUCUGGAGCAUGGCAUGCACUCUCUUUGAAAUUGCUGUUGGCGCGCUUUUAUUCCGACCAAAAGCAUCUCAGCACUGGACAAAGGAUGAAGACCACGCUCGACUAUACACAGAGUUCAUGAUCGGCAACGGGUUCAAUCAGUGGCCAAAGAGACUGAUCAUGUACGGAUCAAAGUCGAAAAACUAUUUCAAUGAAGAACUUCAACUCAAAAACAAGAAUAUGAUCAUCAACCCUUGGUCUCUCAAACAAAGAAUAGUCGAGCGCGGAAUCGACGAAAAAGAAGCGGAAGAAUUCGCUGAAUUCCUGUCAAAAAUGCUUCACCCUGAUCCUGCAAGACGUUUAUCAGCAAAAGAACUACUUGAGGACAAAUGGCUCAACUAA